CCCAACCCUUAAAACCCCAAGUAUCAUUGUGGUUAGCACAGUUACUGAGAACCACCGACCAGGACAAAGGAAGUGCAGAAGUUUCCUUUAUCUUCAUUAACGCCAACAGCCAUUAUAUCAGCACAUUAUGUACAGACCAGUCACAGCUUCCCGUCCAUCUUUGCCACUAUGGAUGAUUGCACUAAUUGUGUUCGGAGUGUUGGCAAUCCUGGGAAUAACCAUUGGUCUCCUGGUUCAUUUUCUGGCAGUAGAAAACACGACUUACUAUUAUCAAGGUAGCUUUGAAGUGCUGGAUAUCCCAUACAACAGAAAUUAUCAAAGAGAGACAUCACCAGAAAGUAACUAUCUUAGCAAAAUUCUUGAGACUAAGAUGGUUGAUGCAUUUCAAAGUUCUAGCAUUUACAGACAAUAUAUCAAUUCUCAAGUCAUCACACUGGUUCCUCAUAACAACAGCCUAACUGCACAUAUAUGGCUGAUAUUCAAGGCUCCCAGAUCAAUGAAGGAAAACACCAGAAGAAGAAUUGAAGGUGUCUUACAUCAGAUGCUGAGAAACCAUGCAGGCUCUCUGACUACAGAUCCUAAUUCUCUUAGGCUCAAGGAAAUCAGUAAGGUUGAUGCUGAAAAGAUUAUCAACAACCGCUGUGGGACACGAGCAAGGAUGUCAGCUACGUAUGAUAGAAUCAAAGGAGGUUCCAAUGCUCAGAAGGGAGAAUGGCCUUGGCAAGCAACACUCAAAAAGAAUGGCCGACACUACUGCGGGGCAUCUUUGAUCAGUGAAAGACACCUGGUGACUGCAGCUCACUGCUUUCAAAAGACAAACAAUCCAAAAAACUAUACUGUCAGCUUUGGCACCAGAGUAAAUCCCCCCUAUAUGCAACAUCAUAUUCAACAAAUUAUAGUUCAUGAAGACUACAUCCCGGGUGAACAUCAUGAUGAUAUUGCAAUUAUACAGCUCACCGAAAAAGUCUUAUUCAAGAAUGAUGUACAUCGAGUUUGUCUUCCUGAAGCCACACAGGUCUUUCCACCAGGUGAAGGAGUUGUUGUUACAGGAUGGGGAGCACUUUCAUAUAAUGGUAAAUACCCAGAGGUACUUCAGAAAGCAUCUGUGAAAAUUAUUGACACAAAUACCUGUAAUGCUCAGGAAGGAUAUUAUGGUAUGGUAUUGGACACAAUGCUAUGCGCUGGGUACUUGGAAGGAAAUAUUGAUGCCUGCCAGGGUGAUUCUGGAGGACCACUAGUUCAUCCUAAUUCUCGAAAUAUUUGGUACCUUGUUGGAAUAGUGAGCUGGGGAGAAGAAUGUGGUAAAAUCAAUAAGCCAGGUGUCUACAUGCGAGUGACUGCCUACCGCAACUGGAUCGCCUCCAAGACUGGUAUCUAAGAGAAAAGCAUCUUGUAGCAACUAUCUGAAGUCAUUUUCACCUAAGGUUACUCCCAACCUUAGCUAACAUGCAUUUUAAAUUAGUGUGUACAGUGGCUGUUUUGAAAGAACUGUGGUCCUGAGGGACUAUUUAUGAACUUUAAUUUUAAGCAACUUACAAAACAACAAAUCUAAUGUUUAGUCCAGAAAGGCCUAAGCAAAGAAAAUGCUCCUAUCAAAAAAAGGACUAUUCCUAUUUUACUAUUUCAUGAACCCACAUCAUGGCUAUCUCACCAUAGAAUAAAGCUCUUGGUUUUAGUCAUUCAGACUUUUUUUCAAUUAUGAAUGUAUAUCCUCCCAACUCAGUGGCAGCACUGUGAGAAAGUGGAACCAACCCUUUCUGAGGGCUGGGUUGGAACAUGCUCUAUCUGCCUUCAUGUCAUAGCUUUUGAGGAAAGGGUAUGGUUGUGAACUGACUCAGGUCAGAAUUUAGGCACUGACUUAGUCUCUCAUUUGAACGGGGGACUUGAUCAGCUUUUAAAAUCACUGGGAAAUAAUUUCACUGUCAGUAAAACUAGGCAAAAUACAUUUUAGACCUAUAGAGACCAUGACCCUAACCCUAACCCUAACCCUAAUUCUUCAGUGUUGAUGCAGGUUUUUGUGGAAAUUCCUCAUUUGCAACACAUAUAAAAAUAAGUAGCUAUGAACCAUGAAAUGUACAAUGUAUUUUAAUAAAAACAA